AUGGUUUUCAAGGAGUAUAUUCUUCAAGCAAGACUGCUUUUGAAGGGUACGGAAUUACAGCAGGAUAUUGAGAGAGGGAAUAUUGAAGGUGCUGAUUCGCUAUACGACACAUAUGAUGUAUGCAAUCUAUGCCAGUCGCUUUAA